UUGUGUAUUACUUCAGUGAUUUUAAAUUUGAAUUUAAUUUAAAUUUUCUCGCUCUUUUUAUUUACUUAUGAGUAAUCACAUAUUAUAUAUAUUACUAAUUAAAUAAGCAAAAGUACUACUUACAUAAAAAUAUGAAUUAUAACUGUUGUUGUUGAUUAAUUAAGUAGCACUUUUUGGCGCGAUCAAAAUAUAUAUUUUUGUUAAUAACAGCCCAUUCAUGAAAUACUAGUCGUACGAAUAAAUUAAACGUGUUUAAUUGUACUCAUCACAAAGAGGAAAUGAUGUUGCGGUGCAGCAAUUGUGGUCUGUGUUUGAAACGUUUCAAAAGAUAUCCAGUCAAAGACCUGCCCUCAGAACUCCAAAACAUCAUAGCGAAGUGGCUGGCACCAGCACAACUUUCGGACAAUGCUGUUAUAUGUCCCUCUUGUUACACAAUAUUAAAUGGAAGUGACAUUGAUCAAGAGAGGAGACUUGGCCAUACUGAUGUUUGUAUUGGAUGUGGUAUAUCUGUUUUGAAUCUAAGAAAUUAUAUCCUCGAACCAAGUACACUAAUGCUGAAUAUAUUUCAAUGGAGUAUCAAUCUGCCGGGCCAUACAAAUCGGGUAUGUCAGUUAUGUUGGAUGAAAGGAAAUAGAAUAAUUCAGAAAGAUGCACUGAGGAGCGGAGUCUACAUCCCAAUUCUACCGGAGGAACCUCCAACACCUGUGAAGCAGGAAGCAGGAUUGGAGCCACCACCUUUAGAUCCUACAACGGAUUGUAAAGAAAUUGUUGAAAAAGAAACUCCAACAAGUAUUAUUUUGCCUAAUUAUAAACGUUCACCGAAUACCUCAAGACGUUGUAUUUAUACUAAGUGUGACAGUGCUUCUGGGCAUUUAGUGCCUACAUUUGUAAAGGUAAUGUUGUUAAAGGACUUCAACUUUUUUAUUCCUAAAUAUGCUAGAGUAUGUAAAAUGCAUUUGCUCAGUAACACUUGGCACACAUUACCUGAAAUAAGUAAAGAAAUAUCAGAAUUUUCCGUCACUCAAAUAGAAGAAAUAAUUGCUUUGGCUAAAAAGGAAGUAAGUUAUGAUUUUGAUAAAGUAAAUGAGAUGCCUAAUCAUUAUUGUUACUACUGGACUGGUUUGACAGUUACCGAGUUCUUAACAUUGUUUAGUGAAUUGUCCUUAGAUAAUUUUAAACCCAAACCUAAAUCUUCUUUAGCGCUAUAUUUAAUAAAACUUAGGACGGAUGAUAGCUAUAAAAGAUUAGCCUCACUGUUUCAAAUAUCAAGAACAACUCUGGAAAAUCGAAUAAAAAAGAUGAGUGAGUACAUCAAAAAACAUUCUAUACCCAAGCACUUCAUCUGCAAGGUGCAAAGAAUAAAAGCUCAGAAAACAUCUCACAGAAAUCAGUUAGUGACAAAUACCUCAUUUGGCAGUUGUAACAGUAGUGACAAUGAGACGAUAGACCAGUAGGCCACGAGAUACCGAGAGAUAAAAGAAAGACAAAUGUCGACCAAUAGUUACCCAAUGAUGCUCUCUCCUUUGCAGCAUUGAGAGAGCAACAUUACAACUCCGCCGUUUUUGGUCGACAAUAUGUCUUUUUAACUUUAGAAGAUAUGUCGUUACUAGCAUUGCAUUGUUUAAUAUAGUGUUAAAAUAUUUUAUCAAGAAAAUCUCUUAAUUACUUAUAAUAUUAUUUGUACCAGAUAAAUAUAUCCAGCUGCAGCCAUACAAUAACAACAUACUGCCCUCAUAAAAUAUAGUAAUUAAAAAUGAUGUUAAAUACUAUAGAUUGGUUACAUUCCUACAAAAUCACCACAAAAAUUGAUCUGAAUAAAAGGCUACAAAAUCGAGAAUUAAGAAAAUUCUCUGAUAUGCAGGUUUCCUCACGAUGUUUUCCUUCACCAUUUGAGACACGUGAUAUUUAAUUUCUUAAAAUGCACACAACUGAAAAGUUGGAGGUGCAUGCCCGGACCGAAUUCGAAGCCACACUCUCCGGAAUCGAAGGCAGAGGUCAUAUCCACUGGGCUAUCACGGCUCUAACAUUGAGAUGUAGAAAUUUCCUCUUUUGAGCGCCUCAUUUUUCAUGCGCUAGUAACACAUCUAAGAGUAUUUAACAUCAUUGGUAAUUAAAUAUUCUUUCAUCAGGUUAAAAUAUGGUGCAAUGCCUUCAAUAUCUUCAAGCAGUAAGCCUCUAUGCUACUGCUUUCAGGCAAGUCCAAAGAUUUUAUCAGAUUCACUUAUUGUUACUGUUGUGCUGUUUUGUUUUAUUACCAUUUUAUAUUCAUACCUACUGCACUUUAUAUUGAUUACCUAUUUAAAUUGUGUCUUAGGUAUAGUGUGCGCCAAAGUUAGAGUCCGCUUUGACAUUGAACAAGACACCCGAAGUAUGUACCUAGAUAUAACCAGGCUAGAACUGGAAUGUUUUUUGUGCACUGCGAGGAAUUAAACUUUGGCGUAUGCUUUACCAACGUGAAACGUAGGUAGGCUGUGAUAAUUUCAAUUAAAUUAUUAAUAAAUAAUAAAA